UGGCUCGCUCCCUGCCUGGGAACAUGGCCGAAGUCGGGGAGGACAGCAGCGGGGCGCGGGCUCUGCUGGCGCUGCGCUCGGCGCCCUGCAGCCCCGCCGCGGCGCCCCCUCCCGGGCCGCCGCCCCCGGCCGCGCCGCCCGCCGCCGCCUCCGCCGUCCCGGUGCUGGCGCGGUUGCAGGGCCGCGAGUUCGAGUUCCUCAUGCGGCAGCCGGCCGUCACCAUAGGCCGCAACUCCUCACAGGGCUCGGUGGACGUCAACAUGGGGCACUCCAGCUUCAUAUCCAGGCGGCACCUGCAGCUCAGCUUCCAGGAGCCGCACUUCUACCUGCGCUGCCUCGGCAAGAACGGCGUCUUCGUGGACGGCGCCUUCCAGCGCCGCGGCGGCCCGGCCCUACUGCUCCCGCCGCAAUGUACUUUCCGAUUCCCUAGCACAGUUAUAAAGAUCCAGUUCACAUCUUUAUACCAUAAAGAGGAAGCAAAAGAGGAAGCCUCAUCGCCUCCCCUUCGGCCACUUUACCCUCAAAUAUCUCCUCUGAAGAUACACAUCCCGGAGCCGGAUCUCCGGAGUGUGGUCAGUCCCCUCCCAUCCCCCACAGGCACCAUCAGUGUUCCCAACUCUUGCCCGGCCAGUCCACGUGGUGCUGGAUCCUCAGGAUAUCGUUUUGUUCACAACAUUACCUCGGAUCUGCAGCUGGCAGCAGAGUAUGCCGCAAAAGCAGCAUCAGAACAGCAGGCAGAUGCAUCUGGCGGGGACAGCCCAAAGGAUGAGUCUAAGCCACCUUAUUCUUAUGCUCAGCUAAUUGUGCAGGCUAUAUCUUCAGCACAAGACAGGCAGUUAACACUAAGUGGGAUCUAUGCCCACAUUACCAAGCAUUAUCCAUAUUACAGGACUGCUGACAAAGGCUGGCAGAAUUCCAUUCGGCACAACCUGUCCUUGAACCGUUACUUUAUUAAAGUCCCACGCUCCCAGGAGGAGCCCGGAAAAGGCUCCUUUUGGCGAAUUGACCCUGCCUCUGAAGCCAAACUAGUAGAGCAAGCAUUUAGAAAACGAAGGCAAAGAGGAGUGUCCUGCUUCCGAACACCUUUCGGGCCUCUCUCCUCCAGGAGUGCUCCUGCUUCCCCUACUCACCCUGGCCUGCUGUCCCCUCACUCUAGUGGCCUACAGACUCCAGAGUGCCUGUCACGGGAGGGCUCACCCAUUCCACAUGACCAUGACUUUGGGUCAAAGUUAGCUUCAGUUCCAGAGUAUCGGUAUUCACAGAGCGCACCUGGAUCUCCAGUCAGUGCCCAGCCAGUGAUUAUGGCUGUUCCUCCCCGACCAUCUACCCUGGUGGCAAAACCAGUCGCGUACAUGCCAGCAUCAAUAGUGACUUCUCAGCAGCCUUCGUGUCAUGCAAUCCACGUCGUUCAGCAAGCUCCCACUGUUACAAUGGUCCGAGUUGUGACCUCAUCUGCAAACUCUGCAAACGGAUACAUCCUCACAAAUCAGGGCACAGCAGGAGGAGCUCACGAAGCUGCAGGAGCAGUGUUGGACUUAGCUGGUGACCACCGAGCAGGCAUGGAUGAAAAGCCAACAAUUGCCUUUGCCACAAUACCCACAGCCAGCCGUGUCAUUCAGACAGUCACCAGUCAAAUGGCCCAGGGAGUUCCAGGACAGACAGUCACUAUCCUUCAGCAGGCAGCUCCAGUGGCCAUUGGGCAGCACCAGCUCCCCGUGCGGGCAGUCACUCAGAACGGGAAACACGCCAUCCCCACCAACAGCAUCACUGGCAGCGCUUACGCUCUUACAAAUCCAUUGCAGCUUCUUGCAGCCCAGGCCAGCUCAUCCACUCCUGUUGUAGUCAGCCGAGUAUGCGAGACAGGGACUGAAGAGACAGCAGCAGCCUCUUCCAGUGAACCUGAAGUCAAAAGACCUCGGAUAGAAGAGUCUAGUGGAGCAGUCCCAGCCCAAACUGGAGUCAUCACAUCUACAGUGCCACAAGGACAGGCAACCAGUGAAUGAAGAACUGGUGGGAGGAUCUGGAGUGAUGCGGGGUGGGCAUGGGAUGGCAGGAGCCCUAAAGCAGCUUUCAAAGAAAAACCACAACUGUAACAGCUCAAAACAUAGUGGAUAAAGAGCUCUUUUUAAAGUCAGGUUUUUUAAAUGGGAGGACAACAGCUGUUAGAAUCACAAGGUGCCAAAAAGAAUGGAAAACCCCUCCCAAGAACCCCUACCUGGAACUCUAUUCUGUCUUUACUUAUGGGAUAUUUUUUUCCUUUUUUUAAGAAAAAUAUUCAAAAAAAAUACAGACAACUGAUUGUAUGACUGCUGGGAUAUUUUUAACUGUCUUUUCCCCUUUUGGCUCCAAGGGGGAUGGGAUUUGCAGUUCAGCAUCUAAAGGAAUGUAACACAAAUACAGUCUGCUCCCUGGAAAGAAAACUCAUUUUCUAUGCCUUAAUACUGCGCUUCUCAGAGCUUUGAACCAUAGGACCAUUUUAAAAAGGUCACCUAAGGCAAUCAAAUGCUGAAAGAUGGGUGCAGUAUCUCACAACAUUAAAGAAACAUGGUACCAAGCUUAAAGAAAAAGGCAAAUGGUUUUGGUUUUAAAAACAGAAAAAUUCUGAAUAUGAACGAAUGUUUAUUUAUGUGGGAAUUCAGGAGGAAGAGUUAUAGGACUCAGCCACCUGGAUUUCCAAAUGCUAUUUUUCUCCAUUCCCUCUGAGGGAGAGUCAGAUGACAGAGGAACUGUAUUAAUUUGGUUCCUGUUAAAAUAUUAAAAACAAAAGGUUCCGUACCUUCAAUGAUUUCUUACAGUUAUUCAUCGCUUGCUCUGGACAACAGCCAAAGUAUGUUGAUGACUGAGGAUCCCAUGGGGGAAGGGUAUCUCCAAAAGGUUCUGUGUACAUUUGAUCACAUCCUGUGCCUGGAGCACCAGGUUUUGUUCAGAAUAGCACUGUAGGUGAAGACAUUGCCACUGUCUCUGUGAACCUGAGAAAAUAUUGGUUGGUCAUCUGCACUAAAGCAGUCUGCCUUCACUUCCUGUUGGUAAUGUGGUCUUUAGAUAGAUGGAUGGUGGACAGGAGGCCAGGAUAGGAGUCUGUCACUGCCCUCUGCCGUGGCUGACAGCAAAGCUCCUGUGUUGCUCUUCUGAGAAGGAAGUUGAGAGCUGGAUUGAGAGGCGGCAGAGUUCAUACAGUGUUUAAUACAAGUUCUGUAAGGAUAUAGAGACCCAGGCAAGAGAGAGCUUAGCUAUUUUUCCAUGUGGCAAAAGUCACUAGAGGUCUUAAACAGGUUUUCCAAAAGGAAUUUGGAGGUUUCUUUUUGUUGCCUGUCUCCCUUUCGGGCCAUUUGGGUUGGCUGGUAGGAUGAGGCUUCUACUCAAACUGUAUUCCAGGUGCUUCAUGUAGUACAAGUAUGUCUUACAAGUAAAGCAGGUUUGAGUUACUUCAGCCACGUGGAACAGUGGAUGUGUGUGACACCUUGUGAACGGCAAAGAAACAACCCCUGCAUAACCUCCAGCUGACCUCUUUGGUUUUAUGUCUUAUUUGCAGUCCCCUUGGCUAACAUGUCUUCUGGCAGCACAGCACAGAUCUUUCCAUUUGGAAAAUAUGAUGGCUUUGGUGAUGGUAAACGACUUGAAAGGGAUGGGAUAUGCCUUUGGUGGGUUAUCUCCCUAUCUGUCUUCAUCUGUUGUCAGGUUGCUGUUAGGUGCAGUCUGACAAUGCUAUGGCAGAGCAGAGAGGCAAGCCCACUGCAUAAACGUGUUGCAAAAAUAUUUCCCCAGUGUGCAGUACAUGAUCCUGUCAGUUAUGUCCAUGGGGAUUAGGGGGCAAUGCACAACCGUUCAGCGGCUACUGGAAUCUGGGAGGGAGAGGAAAUAGUCAAGGUAACAGCUGGCAUCACUUGUUCCUUUCUAGGUUUCCUUUCUCUUUGCCAAAUCCUAUUCAAUAGCCACAUCCCACCAUUUGACUAAAACCCAGCCAUGUUUUAUUCUCGAGACAAUUGUUUUGUGAUAAAUAUUUCUGAAAGAAGGAAAGAAUUCCUUGGUCUCGUGAUUUCUGGUUACUUUCUGCAGUUACAGGCACACCAAAUAUUGAGGAUAGUUCAUUUAUCUACAGCUAGGCUUUCGUAAUUUAGUUGUGUUUUGGUGACAAGUUAUUUCAUGGGAUGUUAGUACUUUGAAACAAGUUUGUGAAGGAGGACUGUUACAGGCCACAAAGUAAUUCAAGCAGACCAGACUCCGGCUGUCACUUUCCUGUUAAGAAGGCUAAAUGCCUUUUAGCCAAAAAGCACACAGAUUAGCUCUGUUUUCAGUAGCCUUUUCAAAGCCAGAAUUUAAUAGAAUAUAGACUUCAAGGAAGAACACAAAAGUGAGAGUGCAGCAUGGUUUAUCUGUGAUUAAUCAUUACUGCUGGUUGAUUGCUGGUUCAGAUACAGACAUGCCUCUGAAACUGGCCUGAGGCUAGUGAGCUUUCUGAAGCAGAAGAGUCUCUGCAUUUCCAGUAUGUUGAGUGAGUCAGUGCAAUGUGAGCAACCAGACGAACUGUUCAGGAUGUGAAGCUGUCAAAGUCUUGUGUAUAUUCUUUGCUGCUGCUUUUCCCUCAGAAAGUCUAAGUAAUUAGGCCCAUAACUUCUGUAAACUAGUCCAGCACUCUGUCAGCUGAAUCACAGUGUUUCCAUACACCAGCUGCUGCUUUCUAGAUACCUCUUGACAGUCCAUCCUCAGGAAUAACAUAUUCUUACUCUUCCUUUUGUGGCUCACAAUGCCUGCUAGUUAAUAUGCAAGUUGAGGCUAAGCAAAUGUCUUUGAUCUGUUCACUUAUUCUGCUUGAGGUGUCUGGAACUUUGUUAGUUCAUUGGAUCAGGUGAUUUUUGCUUUAUCAGUCUGCUACAUCCCCCUGUACUGUAGGAAGCAGCCAUGACACUUGGAUUCUUUUUUUAUAGGAUUGCCUGUAUGUUGCCUAUAUCAUUGCCUGAUACUAGGUAAAAUAACAAUUCUUACUAAGUCCUCUUGAGCCAUAGCUCCGUAGAGAAAAUGUAGUCUUGUCUGGAAUACAUGAGAUUGGGACAUCUUGUUUCAGGCCUCCAGGUUCACUCUUUCGACAUACCACUCAGUCAGGAAGACAGCACCACACUUUUUAUCUACCAGUUCUAAUUCCCCAGGCUUCCAGUUUCAAGCACUGCAGAGGAAUGAAAAUUAGUGUGAUGGUAGAUUUUUCUACUAGAAAGGAAAUGUUACCUAAAUGAUUCUAUGCAGUACUUGGAUUAUUUUAAAUUGAUUGUCUAACUUGUUUUAUCUAAAGUUGCAUCUUAUGUCUUCAGUUAAAUAAACUGAGGGAAGUUGGAGGGUGGAGAAGAGUAGGAGGCUUCAACUGCUGCUGCUUCUGCUGUCUAUAUAACAGAAGUCAAGGCAUGUUGAAUAUUUAAUCUGCUAUAACUUAGAGCUGAGAACUUUAAAACUGAGUUCUUAAACUGUAAAUUCACUCUUCAGUAUUCCCAAAUGAUUUUUUUUUCAUCUUAGGCAAUGACAGAGACUAAUUUGACUUUGAUUGUGGUCUGUUUGUAGCAACUUUUGCUGCCUAAGUUUGGAAAAGCUGAAUGCGAUUGUUCUUGGGGUUUAUUUUGCCAAAUUUCCUUAGUUAUUGUUUUGUCUUGACCUUGGCUUUCGUGAUACAGGGAACUUUUUACAGUGAGAUCAAUUUCAUCUGACUUUGUGGUACUACAAUGCUGAGCACAGAAUUGAACUUCAUGAUUAGCUCGUAUAUUCUCUUCAUCUGCUUUCCAUUCCCAUGUUCCUCCCUCCUUCAUACCAUGAACACUGUCUCAUGUAGCAUAUCCAGUCAUUUUUAUUCACAGACAGGAGCAGCAUCUUGCAUUAAGCUCUGUUCAAGGGUGAAAACACCUGUAGGAUACAUAGAGCUCCAGAGCAGGUUGAGAGGUCAGUUUGGUCACCUUGUAUUUAAUUUUCAUGCUAUGUUUUAGACAUGUUACUGCUGGGCACAUUUUUCCCAGGGGAAUGUUUUCAGAGGCAUGUUAAAGCUUUGCAAGAGGAAAGAAUUAGUUAAAUAACAGCUGAAGCCUUUACAGUGCUUCUGCAAUCAGUGUCAUGGUCUGACUUCAGGUUUCAGGGGGAAAUAAACUUAGUUUUGCAUGUUUUAGACAUCCAUAUUUUGCACUGAUAUAGAACUGUCAUUCACAGUUAACUUCCGCAUUUUCCCCCCUUUUUCAGUAGGGAAACAUCAGCAAUAAAAUUAAACUUGAAGCACAGAAGGCUUAGGGACCUGGAUCUCAGCAAGUGAGAGUGUCUGACCUGAGCUUUCAUGCACAGGUGUGUGGAACACUUUCCACUGACCGCUGGGGAUGUUAAAUUGAUGUCAGCGUUUCUAUCUGUGUUAACAAGGGAGUUUCCCGGUGAGGUAUUUGGUAUCGCUCUGUGUGAUAGUGGGUAAAUGCAUGUGAAAAUGUAGGUGACAGGAGAAAUGUUUCCCUGCCAUACCUAGGUAUGAGGAUCUUGGGUGACAAGGAUUUAAUUUCUGCACCUUUCAAAAGCUGAUUCUUCAAGCUUAUUGCAUCUAAAAAUUAAAUUCCAGCUGUUUGGUUGUUCCAUCUUUGUUUCUGAGGUUUAAACUAUGACUUACAAACUAUAGUUUAUUGCUGUGAUAAAAAUAGAUUACAUAAAACUACAGUAUUAGGGAAGGCCAAAUCUUUGUUGUCUCUGCCAUUGACCACUUGUAGCUGUGUGGAAAUAAAGAAUUUGGACUGGAAGAAA